CUAGUUCACUCAAUCAAUUUCAUGGACUUGCGACUUUGUAAUCCUACCAUAAAAAAAUAAUGAGAAAACUUGGAUUGCUUCUUGAAUUCGGGACGUAAAAAUAAAUUGGCAGAUGUAAUAGAAGCCAAAAGAAAAUGGUUACGCACGCCGAAAUUAUUAUUUUGUUAAAUAUAUUCGUGCAAGUCUACUCAGAAGAAAAAGAGCUAUUUCCUCUGUUUCACAAGGAUGUUGCGAAGCGUUAUGAUAGAGUACGGAAUGUGCCAUCUGAGAAAAUAGUAUGGAAUGAUUUAAGAAUCAAAAAUCAUAAGUAUUUCAAUGAAGGUAUUGGAAAACGUGAGGAAAACUUGGGUUACUUUAUUCAUAUUGUUGAUAAGAAUAAUUUAGGCAGACGCUUUUUUACAUACAACCAAUAUGAAGGCGAGAGUGUGGUUGGUGUCCCAUCAAACCAGUACCAUCUUCCCAACGCAGAACCAAUCUUACCUGGCCACACGCUGAUAAGGCCCACGCUGGGGAUGCUGAAGUCAGCAGUGACGUUCCCUCACGUAGAUAAAGAUGCCGGAAUUUAUGGAAAUCCAGAUAAUUUAGGUAUUCGAUACGGUGGCAGAAGUGGUAGAAUACUUUACAGCGCCAAUAGAAGAAUGUUGUCAGAUUACCCCGAGGUGAAUCCCAGGCCUACAGAUUUGACGACAACACAUCCAAAAUUCAAAUUUUAUCUCGUACCUGUUAGUUUAGACUCGGUGAGGGACAGCGAAGCAAAGAAAUUGAUCAUUGACAUAUUAAAUAAGAUAAAUCCUAAACGGAACUACCGGCACAGGAUGAUUUAAGUCAACUCCAAGCCACACUGUGAGCACCCUACGACGUAUACUAAUUCGAUUUUUCA